AUGUGGAGAACUGUGGGGUCCCUGUGCCUCUCCUGGGCACCCUCACUGCUCCUUUGCCUCAUCCUUGGCAUCCUUGUUGCUUUCCUUGCCUACUGUGCCUAUGUCCAGUACAUACACCUGAAGUAUGACCACAUCCCUGGACCCCCUCGAGACAGCUUCCUGCUGGGUCACACCACAACUCUGAAGAAAGCUUCGGAAAACUACAGGGUGGUGCACGACCUCUUCCUGAGGUGGGCGGAAGAAUAUGGCCCAGUUUACAAAAUAAACAUGCUGCAUCAUGUAGUCCUGGUCCCGACGAGUCCGGAGGCUGUCAAGGAAUUCAUGAUGUCGCCCAAGUACCCGAAGGAUCCAUAUGCCUACAACCGCCUGUUUUAUCUGUUUGGCAGGAGAUUCCUGGGGAAAGGAUUACUGACUGAUCCAGACCACAACCACUGGUAUAAACAGCGGCGCAUCAUGGAUCCAGCAUUUAGCCACAUGUACCUCAUGCAGAUGGUCGGGGUGUUCAAUGAAAAGGCCGAGCAGUUAAUGGAGCAGUUGGCAGAGAAAGCAGAUGGCAAACAGCAAGUGAGUCUCCAUGCCGUCAUCAACUGUGUCACACUGGACGUCAUCACAAAGGUCGCGUUUGGAAUGGAUUUGGGCUUGGUGGAAGGAAACAAAACCGCUUUUCCGAAUGCAAUCUCCAUGGUUCUUAAAGGGAUGGCACAAUAUAUGACUGACCCAUUUAUGGAGUACAUGCCCCGGCACUGGUCUUUCAUCCGUCAAGUCCAAGAAAGUGCAGACCUCCUGCGGAAAACUGGCCGAGAAUGCAUCAUGCGGAGGAAGAAAGCAAUGUUGGAUGGAGAGGAACUUCCCAAAGACAUACUGACCAAGAUCCUGAAGUGUGCAGAGCAGGAGGACGGGAUGGAUGAUGAGAUCAUGCUGGACAAUUUCAUCACAUUCUUUAUAGCUGGACAAGAGACCACGGCCAAUCAGCUGUCAUUUACAAUGAUGGAACUGACGAGACAACCGGAGAUCACACAGAGAUUGCGUCAGGAGAUUGAUGAUGUCAUUGGCUUUAAAAAGGAUAUCAGCUUUGAAGAUAUAUCAAACCUUACAUAUAUGACUCAGGUGCUGAAGGAAUCUCUGCGCAUGUACCCACCCGGCCCAGGGACAUCCCGUUAUGCAAAGGACGAUACCAUCAUCGAAGGGAUCAGGAUACCAGGAGGCGUGACACUGGCGUUUAACACCUACGUCAUGGGACGAAUGGAAAAGUUCUUUCCAGAUCCUUACAAGUUUGAUCCGGAAAGAUUUCACCCAUCGGCUCCCAAGCCAUACUACUGCUACUUCCCUUUUGCUCUGGGUCCUCGCUCCUGUCUUGGUCAGGUAUUCUCCCAGCUGGAAGCCAGGGUUGUGUUGAGUAAAUUACUGCAGAGAUAUGAGUUUGAGUUGGUCCCUGGUCAGUCCUUUGAGCUGAUGGAUACUGGAACUCUGAGGCCCCGAGAUGGUGUCGUCUGCACCCUGAGACCCCGCAAGUAGCUUCUGCGUGGCAGUGAUGGAUGAGAAUGACUGCUUCUGUCAGCGGGUCCAAUAUGUCAUUGCUGGGCUGCUGUAGAACGAGCUCAACACUGCCUUCCCUCUGACUGACCACAAGAGGCGCUAUUCCACUGUACUAAUGGAUAACAUCUAACUUUCUCUAAGUAAUAAACCUUCAGU